GAAUCCUUGGUCCGUCAUCCUGAGCCAAGAGCAGCUUGCAGAGGCCUAGUGAUGGAGCAGACACGUAGCAGAGCGGGGGUAGAGAGUGCGAGAGGCCAAGAGAAAAUGCCUUUUUAUGGUUCCUUGCAAACUCUCAAGCAUUCCAAGUAACGUUCCCUCCUCUAACUCUGAACGGAGCAACAACUUUUUCUCCCUCCCACUUAGGCUGCUUCCUGCAGGAAAAUAUCCAUAUUUUUUAGGGUGUUCUACUGCCACUGCUGCCUUCUCUAACACUGACAUGAACAUGAAAACGGUUGUUAUUCUUUUAGUGUUGGCUCUGGCUACUAUUUUUGCUUUAGUUUGUGUCUUGCUGACUAAAAAGGAAAAAAGCACCAGGUGUCCCCCUUCAGCACUGCAGAAUUCCCCUGAGGGCAGAAGCAGCGAUCAGAACGAAAUCUUUGCUGACCUGACAGCAGAGGAGAUGGCCCAAGUGGUGAAAUAUCUCAAGGACAAUCUUGGUGUGCACCUGGAAGACGCAUUCCAUGCAAAGCCAUCGGAUAACUGCAUCUACUCUCUGGAUAUGCACCUCCCCCCCAAAGCAAAAGUGCUGGGGUUCCUUGACAAUGGAGGACGUCGGCCACUUCGGCAGGCAUUGGCCGUGGUGUACUUUGGAGACCAACCAGACCCUAAUGUCACAGAAUUCACAGUAGGUCCUCUCCCAGAUCCAACGUACCAUCAAGACAUCACACUGAAGAAAUUUGGCAGGAAGGUGCCAUAUCACAGCAGACCAGUGACAGAGAAGGAGUAUCGAGAAAUUGAUGCAUUUGUUUUCCACAAACUCUUCAGUGCACCCAGUCUUCUUAAAGCAUGUUGUGAGUAUAAUGGCACUAACUUGGCUACUCUGACCACAGCCCCCCGAGGGCUUGUCUCUGGUGAUAGAGCCACCUGGUUUGUCCUGUUCCAGAAUGUGGUGGGCAGUGGGUACUACCUCCACCCUAUUGGCUUGGAGGUGCUAGUGGAUCACAGCAGCCUGAAUAGCUUUGAGUGGAAGCUUAAGAAAGUGUUCUACAAUGGCCAGUAUUAUCAGGACUUGGCACAGCUGGAAAAGGAGUUCAAAGAUGGGCGUAUGAAGGAGGUGAGAGUGAAGAUAGCCCAGCUACAGAAUGAUUUUGCUUCCAGGAAGACUUCUACCCCACAUCCCCCUCCAGGCCCUUUUCAGUUUGAGCCCCAUGGGACACGCUACAGUGUGACAGGCAGUCAUGUUGCCUACCAGUCAUGGACAUUUGCCUUUGGGAUGAACGUGUUCACAGGGCCACGUCUCUUCAAUAUCAAAUUUCGCAAUGAAAGGAUUGUCUAUGAGUUGAGUCUGCAAGAAGCCCUUGCCACGUAUGGCUCCAACUGUCCAGGAGGGAUGGUGUCCAGGUACAUGGAUGGCAGCUUUGGUAUUGGGAAAUUUGCUUAUGAACUGGUUCGAGGUGUCGACUGCCCCUACAUGGCUACAUAUAUGGACCAACACUACUUGAUAGACUCUGACACUCCAAAACUCAACAAGAACUCCUUUUGCAUCUUUGAGCAUGACAUGGGUGUGCCUUUGCGUCGCCACUUUUCUAACUUGGGCUCCUUCUAUUAUGGGGGGUUAGCCAAAUAUGCCCUGGUCCUAAGGGCCAUUUCCACCCUCAUUAACUAUGACUAUGUCUGGGAUUUUGUGUUCUACCAAAAUGGAGCGAUAGAAGUCAAGGUCCAUGCCACAGGAUACAUCAGCUCUUCAUUCUUCAUGGGCGGGGGUACUGCAUAUGGAAACAGGGUAGGGGAGCACACACUUGGAACCAUGCACAACCAUCUAAUAAACUACAAAGUCGACUUGGAUAUUGGAGGAAUCAACAACUCCUUGGUGGCUGUUGAUAUGGCAUUUGAGUCUGUGCAGGCCCCCUGGAGCCCAGAACAUCAGAUCCAACGCCCAGUGCUCACAAGCCAAAUCCUGGACAAGGAAGAAAAAGCUGCCUUUCCACUUGAUGGCAAAAUCCCUCGGUACCUGCACUUUGCCACCAGCCAUCAGAACCGGUGGAAUCAUGAGCGCGCCUACCGCAUCCAGAUCAUCACCUUUGCAGGCGACCACAUGCCCCAAACUAGCACCAUGGAGAGGGCCAUCAGCUGGGGCAGGUACAAGCUGGCUGUCACCAAACAGAAAGAGAAGGAGCAGAGCAGCACCUGCAUCUAUAAUCAGAAUGACCCCUGGGAUCCACUGGUGGCCUUUGCUGACUUCAUAGACAAUGAGACUAUCAUCAAUGAAGAUCUUGUAGCCUGGAUCUCAGUUGGCUUCUUGCAUGUGCCACAUGCUGAGGACAUCCCCAACACUGUGACCAUCGGCAAUGGGGUGGGAUUUUUCCUUCGGCCUUACAACUACUUUGAUGAUGAUCCCUCCGUCAGCUCCCCUGAUAGUGUCUACUUCACAGCUGAUCAAGAUGCUGGCAUAUGUGACAUCAACCAGGCUGCCUGCUUGCAAAAGAAAGCCUCAUGUUCCCCCAGCCUACCUCCUUUCACUUACAGUGGCUUCACUAAUUUAACAGGUCACUGACAAGAAGAAUUUUGCAUUUUGUCCCUUCACCUUGCCAAAACCUGACUCAGUUUUAGUUGAAUAAUAAUGUUGUUAAGCCCAAACUAUGCCUGACCUGAACAUCCCCUAUUCUACAUAUCUAUUCUGUCUGCUCCCUUUCCUGUUGCUUGCUCCCUAAGGGUUAUUAGUCUGGGACUGAGAAGUUUUUCCUCUUAGGCUAACUGGAUACAGAGUUUCUUACAUCUAAGAGUCAACGGGACGCUUCACACAACCAUUUUUCAUGUAAUGGUUAUAUGGUAAAGCCACUACAUGGGGCUUCUACGAGGAUGUUGUAAUCUUGUAAAUGCUCUAGUACAUACAGAAGUUUCCACCAUUUGAAAAAUUACUGGGAGUGUGAGUUGAGCUGGGAGGUGGCCAUGAUUUUGUUGCAUAUUAGACAGAGUCUCCAUCAUGGACAUACUAAAACGAUUGACAUGCAUUAAACCAAGGGUGAUUAUUAGUUGAUUAUACAAUCGUGCUGUGCCAAACUCCCCCAACCCAUGUGGGAACUCUAUAAAUUGAAGGGGGAAGUUUGCGAUUAUAAUAGGAGGCAGUAGAGGGUGUCUGUUUGUUUUUUGCAAUGUUUGCUCAUUGCAGCUCUGCCACCACUUGAAAUGGCAGAAAAUCUUUAAUGUAAAAAAAGAAAUAUAUAUAUGAGAAAAUCCUCUGCCUGCCUCCCAUGAUGUUUGUAAGCCCCCAGAGAAUCCCCCCCCUCAUCGUUUUUACGAGGCGACUUGAAACAGGAAAAUAUUGCCCUUCCAAAUCUCCAUUGCAGUGCAAUUUCAUAAUAGCACAAGGCAGGCUGAGUGGAUCUUUUGGGAUGGUGAGCAUAGCGUGAAGGUAGCAGUGACGCUGGUUUCAGCUGAUAAUAGCUGCUUCCAGGCAGGCAGCUCCUGGUACUACUAAUCAUUGGUCUUCAGCUGUAACUACAAGUGGGAUUGCAACUGACUUCCCACCAAUCAAGGGUAUACGUCUUGCUUUGUUCCAUCCAUUCCUGUGGGUAUGACAUUGCUGCUCUGAGUGGGGAAGAUUCAAUUCACAUGUGUGGCUAUUAAAAGAAAAAUGGCAAGAAAUCCUUUAAACACACACACACAAAAUUAUUUAAUUAAUGUCAAAGUGUGUAUUCUUUUAAGUCGGAUUGCCUCAGGAAAAAUGUUGUCAAAAUGUCUCUAUUGAUUGCAGUAUGUGUGUGUAUGUGCAAUGGGGGGGGGCUGCAUCCUCAAAAACAGCUAUUAGGGAGCAAAGGCAUGCAAAGACUCUGUAGCUCCAAGCAUCCUUGCAGGAUAAAGGGGCUUUCUGCUCAACAUCCAUUUUUAAGGAUCCAGCCUUUCUUCACCCCCAUACAAAUAAAUGGUCAUCACUAUAAGCUCCAUCACACCAGCAUUAUAGUCUGCUGUCACAGUGAAUUGCAUGCAAAGGACUCAGAUGACAUCGACCAUGUCCUGCUGUGAUUGUGGUUCUUCCCCCCCCCCCCCCCUUAGCGAUGUAUUUUCACAUGCGGAAAGUCCGGUUCUUCUAGUAAUGCUAAAGCACACCGCUCAAAUUUCAAAGUGUAUUUUCAUUGUUUUCAAUCUGAUGUUCUGUGGGUGUGUUUUCAAGGGGCGGUAUUGCUGACAAAAAAAAGGGGCAUGCCUUUUCUCCAGCG